UGUCUGGCAGAUUUUUCUUCUUCCUCCUCUUUCUUUUCUCUAUUUACAGGUUCAGCUUGCAGGCUGGAGCCAAUUUGGAUCUUUAAAGGCUGAUUGGAUGGAAGAGUUUCGAACAGACCAACCAGGACUCCACCACACCCUACUUAAGAAGCUCACCUGGAGGUCUGGUGUGGCUACAAAACCAGAAAAUUACAGACCAAUUGCAUUAACAUCAAACAUGUGUAAGAUAAUGGAGAAAAUGAUAAAUGAGAGAUUAACAUAUUACUUAAAUAACAAGAAAUAUAUCUACAAAUCAAAGUGGAUUCAGAAAAGGAAGAAAUACAUAUGAUGCAGCUUUGUGUCUGGAAAAUGAAAUUAAAAAAGCACAGAUAAAUAAAGAGAGUGUAGUAGCUGUAUUUUUUGAUAUUGAAAAAGCAUAUGACAUGUUUUGGGUUGAAGGAAUAUUAAUUAAAAUAAAGAAACUAGACAUUACAGGGAAAAUGUAUGAGUGGAUUAAAAACUUUCUAUCAAAUAGAAAAAUACAGGUUAAAAUAGGAAAAGAGUAUUCUGAAAAVUAUAAGGUUGAAAAUGGAACACCACAAGGAAGCAUAAUUAGUCCUUUAUUAUUUUCUGUGAUGAUAAAUGACGUUUUUAAUGAAAUAGAGGAGGGAAUGGGACGUUCAAUUUUCGCAGACGAUGGAGCAAUAUGGAAAAGAGGUAGAAAUGUAGAAUUCAUUAUAAAAAAAUACAAAAAGCAAUAAAUAAUAUACAGAAAUGGGCAUAUGAAUGGGGGUUUAAAUUCUCAGUGGGGAAAACAAAAGCAAUGAUAUUUACUCAAAAAAGAACAACAGAACUAAAAGUGUUGAAAAUGUAUGAGCAAGAUAUAGAGUGGGUAAAGAAUAUACGAUUUUUAGGAAUAUGGUUUGAUGGAAAAGUAAUAUGGAACAAUCACAUUCAAAAAAUUAUUGAUAAAUGUAAGAACAUCUUAAAUAUAAUGAGAUGCUUAGCUGGAAAAGAAUGGGGAGCAGAUAGAACAGCAUUAAA